AUGCGUGAGUUUGUGAGCCAGUACAUAAGACGGUGUAUCAACCGCCUCUAUUUUAAGGCACCUAGCAGUAAAAAAUCGGGAUAUUUACACCCGUUGGAAAAGGGGAUGUUCCCUUUUAAAAGCGUUCAUGUUGAUCACGCGGGGCCGUAUGUUAUUUCAGAACGCGCGAAUAAAUACGUGGGUGCAAUAGUCUGUGGGUACAGCAAGUACACGCUCCUGAAAGCUGUGAAAGAACAGUCGGCCGUGGAAGUUUUCCAGAUGAUUAAAGGAUUUAUUGCCCAUUACGGGAAACCGGAUCGGAUAAUUAGCGAUAGGGGUACUGCGUUUACUGCAGCGAAGUUCGAAAAAUGUUGUGAAGAAUAUAACAUUCAACACGUGAAAAUUGCGCCUGAGUGGCCGCGCGCUAAUGGUCAGGUAGAGCAAACAAAUCGAGUGCUCACGUCUCGUCUCGCUAGUGUCACGGUGGAUGACGAAAAUCGCGACUGGAACGACAAAUUGUGGGACGUUCAAUAG